AGGAGGAGACAAAUGCUGCCCCAGCUGUUUCCUGUUGAAAAUGUCUGUGUAAUGUAGAUAAAUGUGAGGGAUUUUCUCUCUAAAUCCGUCUCCUGAUCGCUAAAUCUCACUUCUCCAAAACGAGCCUGCGCAAUGGAACCAAGUCGGAAUAUUGAGAUGUGACAUUGCCCGCAUCUCAUCCUCUCUCGUUUUGUUACUUUCUCUCCUCUCCUCUCCCAGAUAUAUAUUUUUUUAUUUUUUAUUUUUUUAAUGACUUCAAACAAGUUGGUCCUUUUCGCCGGGCUUUGUCUUGCGGAGACCCAUGGGGAUGUCUUGCGCUCAUUUAUGUGAUGUCCUCAAGGGUGCGAUGUGCUGUAUCUCCUGUAGCCACACCCUCCCACUACUGCUGUGCGUCCUCAUCCUGACUCCGACGGCAACAGGGGCGAUUCCCGAGACCCUGUGCGGGGCGGAGCUGGUCGACACGCUGCAGUUUGUCUGCGGAGAGAGAGGCUUUUAUUUCAAUAAACCAGGAUAUGGCCCCAGUGCAAGGCGGUCCCGGGGCAUCGUGGACGAGUGCUGCUUCCAAAGCUGUGAGCUGCGGCGCCUGGAGAUGUACUGCGCGCCCGCCAAGACUAGCAAAGCGGUUCGCUCUGUGCGCGCACAGCGCCACACAGACAUGCCAAGAACUGCUAAGGUUAGUAACCCGGGACAGAAAGCGGACAAAGGCACAGAGCGCAGGGUGGCACAGCAACAAGACAAGACAAAAAUCAAAAAGAGACCUUCAUCUGGACACAGUCAUUCAUCCUUCAAGGAAGUUCAUCCGAAGAACUCAAGUCGAGGAAGCUCUGGGGGCAAAACUUACCGAAUGUAGGGAAGCAGCGACUCGACAAAAGCCCAGCAAUUUGGGAAGAGAGAAGGGAGUGGCCUUACCUGGUACCCCUGUGGAAUGGUUCACUGUAAAACUAAACAAAAGGAUGUAAACAAUGGCUGAAAAGCUCUUCAAAAUAAUUGCAACUUUAGAACCAAGUGGUGUUUAAAAGGCUUGAUGAGGGGGGUAUUGUGAUUAUUUUGUACACUGCACCAAUCUGGGAGGGGCUCUUGGUUAAUGUUCAAGACUAGUUUAGCUGCUGAGACAUGAACAAAAACUUAUUACUUCUCGAUGUGAGAGCUGCAAUAUCUCCAGCUCCAGGGAAACCAAUCAGGGCUUCAGUCAAUCAGAGAGCAGCAGCCGGUGGUUCGUCCAUCUUGUCCUUUGAAGUUUGUGGAAGUGAAGUCUUUUUACUUUGAGUGGAUCCUUUCACUCCUUUGGUAAAACCAGACACUUUGUCACUCUUAAAUAUAGCAGUUACUACUCCCGUUCAAAUCGAAUAUUUUAUCGUCAGAGUUUGUAUUUAUGCACCAAACAGUACUUUGGAUAUUUUUGUUUGUUUUAGGGACCAAGUCCAUGUGGUUUUCUAAUUUCAUCAUCAGUCUAAGUCAAAUCCCCACCAAGUGGAGCGACAAGAGUUUGAGACCAAUAUUAAUCCUUUUUAGGCAAAGUUCAGAAUCUGUCUAGAAUGAAAUGUAAAACGUAACUAAAAAGGACUUUGAAAAGGGGGCAAAUACAGUAAGUAUUGCAAAAUGAGACUGUGGCUUGCAGGGUUUAUAUUUAAUACAGACAAGAAACUAGAACUUAAACUAAAGUUUCUUUUGGCCUGUCAGUACAUUGCUUGUUUAGUUUUUAGAAAUAGGUCGUUCAGUAGAUUCAAAGUUCAUUUGGACCAAAUGAAUGGAGUAAUCAAAUAGUGACAAUCAAGCAUAAUAUUUGUUGUCUGUGUCCUUUUCAYGUCGUUACCAUUGCCAUAUCAGAUUGUCAACAGUCCAGUCACCCAUUGACUAACAUUUCAUCUUAAGUGGAGAUUUGUGCUUUAAGUUCAGCACAGAUCUCUAAGGUUUAUACGGCAUUCUAUAAUACAUACCAGGAUUAUGGAAUAAGUAAUUCCCAAGUGUGUUAACCRAAGUUUUAACACCAAAAUGCUGUCAUAAUGGCUGCAUAAAAGUGGAAGAUUAUCGAUUUUUUAUUUUUUAUUUAUUUUUUUGUUCAGGAGAGGCUGAAAACUUUCCAAAAUUGGUUCUGGCUUGGGUCAGCGAGAAUUUGAUAUGAUGGCGAGAAACAAAUAACACAAGCAUCCGUUUCAAAGUCCGCCACAGAGACAUGCAGAUUAAACAGUUUUGGUAAAUAUUUCCAACCCAAAAAGGCAAGUCCACCUGGAAAAGCGAAAACACCCACAAAAGUACACAAAUACACAUACAAAGCACCCACAGUAAAAAAAAAAAAAAAAAAAGAAAAAAAAGAAAUUAUGCAAUUGUGAGCAAGGGUCAAGACCACCUUCACAAAAUUCACAAAAAACCAUUUCUGAGAAGUGCUUGCAUGAUGUCUGACAGGAAACUGCUCUUUGUUCGAGCCUCCAUGAUUUUUGCCCAAAACAAGUCAUGUCUGGCGCCUGCCUCCUCUCUCUCUAUAUAAUAAACCUGUACUCCCAUUAUGUUAACCUAUGCAUUACUAUCAUUCAUUGUACAUGAUGGUUUCAUUUAACAAACUGUAUUAAGAAUCCUAUCCACUGUAUAAUGGUGCUAUUUUAUAGUUUACUUGCUAGAGAUGGCUACGUGAGACAGAUGGCAGGGCUUACAUGGAGGUCUUCCCUAUUGCACAGCCUUGUGGCCACCAUUUUAAAAGUCAUUUCGUUUGUAAACAGUUUCAGUAAGGUAAAGCAAGCGAGUAAAUGUAUCUGUGUGAAAUCUGUGAAUGCAUGGAGCAUAAAAAUAAGAGUAUUGUGGUCCCAAAGAAGGCAAAYGCUAUUUUUUCUACUGUUCUUAAAUUAUUUUCUCAAUGUAGAUCCCUUAUGCCAAAUAACUAGACAAAAGUACUGUAUGUAUGGAGAUUAACAGUCAGGGCAUGCUUUUGUUCAGAGGUCUGUGUAUAUAAAUAUGCCUCUGUAAAAACUAAAUUAUUGGAUAUUAAAAUGACUCAAAGUGAGACCAUGCAGCUUUUGCAAACCAUCUUCAGGAAGUGAUCACUUGGAAUUUACUCAUAGCCAUGCUUAUUGGUAUCUCCCGACAAUACUUUGUAUCCUACAUUAUUUCUCCAAAUUAGUAAAGGGAUAGGAGUUUGCUUUUUAGAUUUUCUUUUCUACAUUAAUUAGGUUGACUCUGAAUUCACCCAAGGCCGUGGGAAGAGGGGGACUGAAGGAUGCUGCAAUGACCCUUGGUGGAUGCCAGAGGACAUGCAUGUCCAAAUAAUUAAAAAAAAACUUUUCUAAAUCUAGUACAUAAACAAGUACUGCAAUUAUAUUGUAGAAAUUAGCAAAAUUGAAGAGUGGGAGUGGAAAGGCUGCAAAAAUAAAUGUAGAAAGAAAAAUAUAUAUGUAUCCGGAGCAUUUUGAAGAUUGUUUUCUGUCACUGUGAAGCUACAACUGAUUAGUUUUCUCCACCAGAAAGGGAUACAAAACAGUUUGUUAUAAUAAUAGAAUAAUAAUACACUUUCCAGCAAUUUGCCUUGAAAUUAUUUAUGUAGCUCAAAGAGGAAGGUUUCUAUAUUAUGCAACAAUAUGCCACAAAUUAAAGUCCUUUAGCAAUGAUGGGAGAUCGAAAUGUAGGCAAAACAUAAAUUUACUUUUCUUACUUCACUUUCCAAGUUCAAAAAUUACAAAAUACCAUCCCUGAAAAAGGAGUUUUGACUUAUCGAUUUAGAAGUUUUCACUGUGACCUCACAAAUCAAAAUGGCUGUCUUUGCACUUUGCCAUAAACAAGUAUGAGACACAGCCAUAAACCAACUAUUUGCUCCUCUAUCAGACACUUUUUCAUUAAGUCAAUGUACAAAAGUGACAGAGAUGUUUUUGUCCAUAUAUUCUUUUAACUUUUAAUUAUUAUUUUUUUACUUGUUGUACAUUUUUACUUCUAAUAUGGUUAGAUUUGAUUCCCAAAAUGACAUCUAAUCUCACGGUUAGAGAACAUAUUUUGUCUAUCAGCACUAACAGAACAGGCUGUCUUUUGAGAGUACUUCAUCAUAAUUUACGGAACUAAAGUGGCUAGUAAAGGGAAAAAAACAAGUCCAUGCUUACAAAAUCUGAAUUUGGAAUGUUGCAAAAGUUACACGGUCUUGCUUUGGGGGAUUAGCUUAGUUUUUUUUUAUUUUUAUUUAAUCUGUCUAAAACUUGCUAGCAGCUUUUGCCAAAGUAAAAUUUUGAUGUAUGGGUCACAUUGCUCUAAAACAAGCUUUGGAGCGACAACAAAUCUGCUCUCAAAGCAACCAUUGAUUGAUGCAAUAAACAUUGGUCUACCUUUCAUGGUAUGGUCCUCGCUCAUGAACUUUGCUGAUUAACGUGAAUAAUAGAGUACAAACCAAAGAUUUUUUUAAAUGAAAACCCAUCAUUGUAGUUAAACAAACCCAAACCAUUAAACAACAUGUUGACAUUCUUGUCUCAACUGCACUGCAUCUUCAAUACUGUUUCAAACUGCUUCUGGUUCCUGAAAACGUGCUUGUGUUGUAGAAAAUGGACCAGACAGAUGACCCUCAGUUUAUAUGGUAUACCCUACGAAGCGAAGCAGAAAAACCAAAGGGACAGCUUCAGAUCAUCUGCUUAUAAAUCAUUCAAACAUGUCAGUUUGUCGGCUGUAUGAGAAAAAUAAACCAAUAACGCACAGAAUAUGAGAGUGCAUGAGUCAUUCAUGACUCCCUGAAGUGUUAAAUGAGUAAAUACAUUUUCCUUAUGCUCACUGUCCAAGAAACUGUUUGAUUACGGCACUUUUAUUUAUGGUGCUUGAUUGCCUUCUUCAAGAAAAAAGAAACUGUUUACCAUUCCUGCUGAAAUAAACCACUUGUCAACAUCA